AUGGCCGCCCGGUCCGCCCUCUUCCUUCUCACCACAGUCGUGCCCGCGUAUGUCUCGGCGUUGCAGGUCACGCCGAACUCGCCGUGUGCAUCCUUCUGUCUUGACUUCAACGGCCUCGACAUCUCGGACCCCAACUCUUCUAACACCAAGGGCAAGGACAUCACAUGUACGGACAACAAAUAUCAGACUGAGGCCUCGGGCCAGAAGUUCCAGCAGUGCAUGAGCUGUCUCCAAGAUAGCAAGUUCGUUCAGGGGGGCGAGAACGACCAAGACUGGUUUCUGUAUAACAUGAGAUACUCCUUCGAUCACUGCAUCUACGGGUACCCAAAUGCCACCGGCGUCGGCUCCAACCCCUGUAUGACGUCCACUGCAUGCGGUCCUUUGGAGGCCGCCCUCACAGACGGCGAGCUGGACCCGGCCAAGACAUCGCAAUACUCGUACUGCGAUGCGGAUGGCGGCGCCAUGCUCACCCCAGCGUACGACAAGUGCCUCUCUUGCGUCAGAGCGGGUGGUGAACACUACUACCUUGCCAACUACCUGAUCGCGCUUGGAGCUGGAUGCAAGCAACGGCCAGACCCGGGAAAGCUCAUUGGGCUCAAUGACACCAUCUUCACAAAAGGAAUGAUUACGGCAAUCGAUCCCAAGGACGCUGAAACACCCGAAAAAGACGAAAAACCCGGCCUCCCCACAACGGCCAUCGUCGGCAUCGUCAUAGGCUCCGUCGUCGCCCUUGUUUUGGUCGCCGGAUGCGCCUUCAUCCAGUACCGCAAGCGCAAGGCACGCAGAGAAGGCCGCGGCAUCAACCCCGAGCUCUCCCGCCGCGCCAAGGGCCACCGCCCGGUCUCCUCGCUCUCCUUCCGGUGCCAGACGCACCUCACACCCAAGACACCAAACUUCUUCUCCAUCGAGGAAGAGGACCCGCAGAACGAGAAGCGUCCACACGAAUCCGCUCACGAGUUCACUCACUACCAACCUCACCAACACCACCAGGACGAGACCUCCGGCACCGCCUCGAAGCCGAGCCUCUGGAUGCCGCACAACUCCAUCUCCUCCCUACAGAGCUCGGCAGCCCCCACCUCCUACACGGACCGGAAACCCGCGCACAAGGAGAUCCUCCCGCUCGCCAGCAUCACCACGAGCCUCCCCGUCAUCCCCCUCAAAGCCCACUCGCCGCGCUUCAACAUGUUCUCGCCCCAAGACGACUACUACGCCACCCCGACCUCCACGACAUCGGCGGCGCCGCUGCUGCCGCUCAGACCCUACGUCCCCUCCGAACAUGGCUUCUCGACGCCGUUGAUGGACCACGCCGCGACGUUCAGCCCGGCGACGACGUACGCCUCCCCGACGUCGGGCACCACCGCGAGCCCCCUGCUCAGCCAGGCCGGCUGGCCCGCGCCGGCACACAGUCGGCAUCCUGCGCAAGUGGACUUGACGUCGUCAUCGUCCUCACCAUCUGCGUCCACGUCGGCCAUGGGAGAUGCGACGAAGACCAUGCCUGUCGUCGUGAGGGACCUCGCGCGGCCGCUGCCGAAGAGAGUGACGUCGCUGGGCGGCAGCCCUGUCGAGACGUCAGUGAUCCAGACAGCGUUCCCGCCCCCGCCUCCACCCAAGAGAAGAUAG